AUGAAUAUGACAAGGAAGAUAGAACUGAAAACCCAAUUCCUAACGGCGCACAGACCGGAUCAGAUGGUUUUGGCAUGAGACAUGGCUAUCAAAGAAUUCAAAACGAAGAAGAGAACAGACUGUCACGCAACACCGAUGAAAUUCCUGUGGAUGACGCGAGUCCGGUUACCUGUUCGAUGUUUGUGCUGGGAUGUGUGCAACUUCUGCCUGAUUUAAAGUCAUCGUUUAACGUUAAGUUGGCUGUUUUAAUGUUUUGCAUUUUCCCAUUUUCCUUUUAUUUUCCGUCUGGCAUUAUUCUUUGUCUUUAAGCCAAAAUAUAUCCAUGAACGCCUAAAGCAGCCCAUUUCCUUAAGUCCAGAAUUUUCAGGGCUCUUUCUUGGUAAGAUGUCACCGAGCACAAUCUUGGUCUUUAUAUUUACCGUUCCAAUACUACCAUGUUGGACAACAGUUUUGCUUCUAAAACCGAAGGAUUUGUUUCUGACUGAUUGUCGCCUAUGUAAUAGAGUAAACUCACAUUCUGUUAGUAUUGGAAAUGAGGCCCUUCAUCAUUUAAAAUUGUUGCCGGAAGAGGGGUACAUUCUUUUGUUAGGUUUUCGUUACCUGCACAACAGAGGCCUAAAAAAACUUGCCUGUUACUCAAAGAAAAAUUAUAGGGGAUCGCGAAUGAGGCGCGCUCUGUUCAGUUUGUGGCUUAUAUUUCCAAUUUUAUUCACGCUAUUCCUUGGCCUUGUUUGGGGAGUAAUCUGUUUGUUUUUUCUUUUAGUUUCAGUAAUUAUUUUGGCUUUUAAGUUAUCACCAGUUACGAUUCUGUUGGUAAGCAUGGGCCAGAAAAUUUAUAGUAGGAUAGAGAGAGUAAGCGAUAGUAUUAGCUGGAUUUUGUUGAUAGUUUUAUUGUUUUUUUUCGUUCUGUUUACACUAUAUCUGGUUGUUAUACUGUGUAUUUUGAUUGGUGGAGUAUUUAUAUUAUCUACCUUUUUUGUCGGAAUAUUAGGAUUCACAACAAUGGGAUUAGUUCUAAACGUUGAAAUUGUAACUCCUUAUGCAUCCUUUUUGGUCGUUGUCAUAACAAACGUCUAUUUUUGUUAUGCUAAUUUGCAGAGAAAUUACAUGGAAGUUAAAGAAUUUAUCUUAAAAUACAGGCAGCAAGAAUUAGAUUCGAUCAGUGGUACUGAUCAGAGCACAAUUCCAACAAAUCUGUUUUGGUUCGUGAGUGAUGAAGUGCUUCCAGUUACAACUGAAAUCUGCCUGAUGCUUCGCGACAUUGCUGUUAUUGUCAUAUUUCUGUUUUUAACGAUAUCUUCUAUCAUUUUCUUCAGAAAUGAGUACGAAAUUUCGACGCUUGUGUCUACCAUUGCCGUGUUUAUAAGUGGCGCAAUUCCCAGUCUGUUUCUUAAAGGACUGACUAGAGGGAAGAAUUUUAGUGGCUGGAGAAGGGUCCUACUAGAAAGGAAAAUUAAAGCGGCAGUCAGAAAAUACGCGCGAGAAGGUAGCCGAGUAGGUAUAAACAGAGAAACCGUAGAGAGAAGUUCGUUCCAAAAUGACGGUUAUUUAGUUGUAUAA